GCGACGCGCUUGUGUGGCUGAUUUACAUAAAGUGUGAGGGUAGGCCAGUGUGACAUACUACACAGAGCACUGGCUGUACACAGUCCGCAUGCUAUCAGGAGAACCCCAGCUAAGCCAAAUGCAAGUAUGAGUGGUCCCGAGACACUUCACCUCACAAGCACUGCUUCCAGGGACGGAAUCAGCUUCACCUUAAAUGACAAGAUAUAUAGAGUGAGCAGUGCCUAUGACUUGACGACAUCCCUCAACGACUACAUCCGUGACGGUGCGGGUCUGAGGGGGACCAAGGUGAUGUGUAAGGAGGGAGGGUGUGGUUGCUGUGCCGUCACUGUCACCAAACCAGACCCCAACACCGGGAAAGACACGUCAUUUUCUAUCAACUCUUGCCUGUGUCCCCUGUACAGUGUGGACGGCUGGAGCAUCACCACGACCGAGGGACUCGGGAACUCCAGGGAUGGAUUCCACCCAAUACAAAAGAGAAUCGCAGAGUUCAACGGCACUCAGUGUGGCUACUGUACUCCAGGGAUGGUCAUGAACAUGUAUGGGUUAGUGCAUCAGAAACCAGCACUGACAAAGCAGGACAUCGAUGACAAUUUCGACGGCAACAUUUGCCGAUGCACAGGAUACCGACCAAUCCUUGACGCCAUGAGGACCUUUGCCGGGACCGCUAGCGCCGGGCUGGGUUUUGAUAUAGAGGAUCUUUCGGAGUCACGUUGUGACCGCACGGGCAAGUCCUGUUUGGGAUGUGUGAGCAACGGUUCCUGCAAUGGCGGUUCAAAACAAACCAGCAACGUGGGUGACGGCCUGGACGUGUUCCAUGUAGUCAGGGGCGACACUGAGUGGUACAAACCCAGGUCCAUCCGCCAGCUGACCCUUGUGCUGACCAACACCUCCACGUCUCUCGCAGUCCGUCAGCUCGCCGGCAACACUGCCUCGGGAAUCUACAAGCACGAUGGCCCUUUUGACACAUACGUGGAUCUACAGAACAUUCAAGAGUUUUACAAAACUGAGACUCAGAGGUCCAGUGUGACGAUCGGCUCCAAUGUGACUCUCAGUGCGCUGAUUAAGACGUUGGCGGACAUGGCGUCCGGGCCGGGCUACUCCUAUUUCACGGCUGUAGCCGCACAUCUCCGGAAAGUCGGCAAUGUCUUGGUCAGGAAUGCGGGCACGUGGGCCGGAAACCUGAUGGUCAAGCACUGCCACCCUGAGUUCCCGUCCGAUGUCUUCACUCUGCUCGAGGCUGUGUCGGCCCGUGUGCACAUCCUGGAUCACGGCCCUGGGGCUGAAGGUGACCACAGCCUCAAAGACUUCCUGCAACUUGAGAUGGCAGGAAAGACCAUCACGCGCCUUGAGUUGUUCCAGCUGGACCCCAGGGCCCGUGUCCAGUCUUUCAAGGUAUCCCCCAGACUCCAGAACGCCCACGCCUAUGUGAAUGCUGCAUUCUGUUUGACCCUGGACGUGCACAGCCAGGUCGUAUGCCGGCCGUCUUUGGUCUUUGGUGGUAUAAGUCCAGACACGAUUCAUGCCAGUAAAACUGAAGAUCUGUUGAUGGGCAAAUGUCUGACGGACAGGUCGUUAUUGCAAGGCAUCCUGACGUACCUCCACGCUGAACUACACCCCUCACAGCAGCAGCCGCUCUCGGCGAGCCCAGAAUACAGACGCCAGUUGGGUGUGAAUCUCUUUUAUAAGUUUCUCCUGAGCCUUCGCAACGGGGAAAAGGGAGACAACUCCUACUGCCCUCUGUCGACAAGUCAACAUACUUUUGAAAAUCUUCAGUCAGAAUGGCCUUUGAAAGCGCCGAUGCCCAAACUGACCGCGCCGCUCCAGGCAUCCGGGGAGGCAGUGUACGUGGAUGAUCUGCCGGUGAUGAAGAAUCAACUGUAUGGAUCAUUCGUCCUCACGUCUGUUGCCAAGGGCAAGGUUAUCGAUAUCGACGCCACAAAAGCUCUCAACAUGCCUGGUGUGGUCAGACUUUUUACAGCCAAGGACAUUCCCGGCGAGAACAAUGCUCUGAAACAGGUGUCAUACCCCCAGCAGAGGGAGGAGCUGUUCUGUAGCGGCAAUGUAAAACAUGCAGGACAACAGAUCGGAUUCCUUGUGGCAGAAUCUCAGAGCCUGGCUGAGGAGGCAUCGAGGCAGAUUUCCGUCACCUACACUGAUACUGAGACGCCAAUACUGUCGGUUCAGGACGCCAUCCACAACAACAGCUACCACGCCAACCCACUGAAGGAAACAAGGAUCGGGGAACCUGAAGACGCCAUGGCUGCCUCAUCCUCGACAGUGGAGGGCCAGUGUACCAUGGAGAACCUGUUUCAUUUCUACCUCGAGAACAACGCUGCAGUGUGUGUCCCUUCAGAGGAUGGUCUAGAUGUAUAUACGCCCACCCAGGCACUCAGUGGCGUUCAGCGGGCCAUCGCUGCAGUCAUUGGCCAACCCUGCAACUACGUCAAUGUAACGGUCCCACGAAUUGGAGGAUCAUUUGGGGGCAAAAACAUCGGCACAGCCCCUCCUUGCAUUGCUCCAGCGUUGGCAGCCUACAAACUGAAUAGGCCUGUGAGAACCACCAUCGGUCUGGCAAGUGCAAUGGAGAUGCUGGGUAAUAGAGGAUCUAUCCUGGCCAAGUAUCAGGCCGGCUUUGACGGGGACGGACGUCUCCAAGCCGUAACCAUCGACGUGUACUGCGACUGUGGCUACACCUCCAACUGGGUGUACAACUUCCUUGGGAUACUCGCCGAUAUUGAUGGAGGUUACUUCUGUCCUAACCGGCGGGUGAGGAUUAUUCUGUGCAAAACCAACAAACCAACCAGCCAGUCUAUGAGGGCACCAGCCAACUAUCCAGCAGGCUUCAUCAUCGAGUCAGUGAUGGAGCACGUGGCCAGCUUCCUCCAAAUGGACCCGGAAGUUGUGAAAGAGAUGAACUUGUACCAAGAGGGUCAGGUUUCCUCUCUGGGGAAUGACAUGAAGUACUGCACUCUGCGCAGGCUGUGGGCACACCUACACGAGACUGCUGAGAUUGAGAGACGCAAGGCUGUGGUAGAGGCCUUCAACAAGGAGCACAAAUGGAGAAAACGAGGCCUGGCAAUGACUCCUGUGAAGUUCAGCGUCAUGUACAACAAUGUUGGCUACACUGUAGAUGUCGCUAUAUAUGAAGUAGACGGGUCCGUCACUGUCACCCAAGGCGGCGUGGAGAUGGGACAAGGGCUAUAUACAAAGGUGGCACAGGCGGUGGCAAGCAGUCUGGGUAUACCAGUCACAACCAUCAAGGUCCGCCCAAACAUCUCCCACGUCAGCGUCAACAACUUCCCCACGGCGGGCAGCUCCACCAGCGAGCUGGCUGUGAACUCUGCCCUGCGAUGCUGUGAGAUUCUGAAGGAGAGGAUGGAACCAGUCAGGAAGAAUGUUCCUGAAGGUGCUGACUGGCUCACUGUCAUCAGGGCGUGCUCCAAACUCGGCAUCGAACUGGCAGCCAAACACAAAUGGAAACCAGAAUGGCAAGGGGGUGCCUACUCCCCUGCCUAUUGUGCCUUCGCAGCUGGGGCGAGUGAGGUGGAGCUUGACGUUCUGACGGGGGAGAACCAUAUCAGGAGGGUGGAUAUCAUCUAUGACUGUGGCGAAAGCUUGAACCCAGUCCUGGACAUAGGCCAGAUCGAGGGCGCCUUCAUGAUGGGCGUGGGAGGGCUACUGUUGGAGAGAGUUGUGUAUGAUGACGUCACAGGCAGAGUCGUCAACAACAGUACAUGGGACUACAAGCCCCCGACAUGUAAGGACAUACCAGUGGACUGGAGGAUCUCCCUGCUGCCCGACUCCCCGUGUCCACAAGGCGUAAGGGGAUCUAAAGCGGUGGGGGAACCACCUAUUAUGCUGUCGACAGGAGUUUUCUUUGCCCUGAAACACGCAGUGGGUGCGGCCAGGCUUGACCUGACGGGUGACAGCAAGUACCAGGAGUCAGCUGCUCCCAUGACGGUGGAGAGAGCGCAUCAGGGCUGCGGUGUGGUCGUGGACAGCCUGAAGCUCUAGCAGGCACACUCGGGAUGUCCCCACCCACCGCCUCUUGCUUCGGGGUACAAAUCCAGUCAGCCGUGGGAAUCCCUGAAACAAAUCCCUUCAUUUUGCUUCCUACGGGAACCUGUUCCAUAUCCGGACGUCACACUGGCAGUGUGUUCGUGUUUAUUUCCAAGUCGUUUGUUUACCCGCUUCUUUGUGUCUGAGAAGAUGAGUCUGUUGUAAAGCAAUGUGCAUACAACAUAAGGUUAAAAAGACGAGAGACACACAAGUUUUACUCGUUUUGAACCGAUUUAAUUACCAAAGCAUAAAAGCUGGAACAGACUUGACCAUAAGAUUGCCGUGAAACAACAUGGUAUAAAGAACACAAUGAAGAAUAUCAAUUAUUUGUUGUUUUGUGGAUGGCGAAAAUGUUACACAUUCAGUAUGAUGUAGAGUGUAUGUGCGUGCGUGCGUGCGUGCGUGCGUGCGUGCGUGGGAGUUUUCUACGUGGAUGUAUGCAACUAUACGAAAGUAAAAUUUACAAUAUGGUAUAAUUAAAACAAAUGCGAGAAGAUUGAUACUUCUAUUCAGUUCUUCUCCUUAGCAAGCACGAAGAUGUGCCACCUCGCGUCAAUGAUAUUGACGACAGUACACGACUUCGGCAUCAGGAACGGUCAUUGUGGAUAAUCCCUUGUACUCCUACAUGUAUAUGUAGCUACAUAUAUUAGUUAAACUUUUCUUAAAAGCAUUAGGCUUAAAGAUUUGUAGGGCGUUUCAAAACAUACCAGACCGGUGAAGAUCCAGGGUAGAAUAGGUCUUCAGCGACCCAUGCUUGCCGUAAAAGGCAACUAUGCUUGUCGUAAGAGGCGACUAACGGGUUUGGGUGGUCAGGCUCGCUGACUUGGUUGAUGCACUCAUGUUUAUAAAUUUGUGUGAAGGAAUGUAGCUGUGCUCAGGCGCUUAUGUUAUUAAAUACUCGAUUCUAAACUGGUCAUUCAGAAGAAUCAAAUCAUGAUAACCCCCUAAUCAGCCGAAAUGACGACCGAAUCACCGCGGAAGAUGUUAUUAAUAGUACUUCUUUAUCGGUCAUUGUCGGUAGGCAUCUACUGAAUAAGUAUACGUCCUGUUAUAGAUUAUAGAGAACAUAUUUGCGAAAACUACAAUAUUCAUAGUAUGCGUGACAAUACAUUUGUGCAGGAAACACGAUAGAAUUCGACUGAGAGAGCGUACUUCUGUAAGUUCUGGGGACAACAGAGAGGUUGAAAUUUGGCGCGUGUCUCUUCCCCACUUCGAUUUCAAAUGUUCUGCAGAACAAUGAGUGAGUGAGUGAGUUUGGUUUAACGCCGCUUUUAACAGUAUUCCAGUUAUAUCGCGGCGUGUCAGCUCAAUGUGGGAGGAAAGCCCGAAGUGAUGCAGGUCUCAGACGUUUACCACCCCGGUAAAAACCCACGAGUGCGGGCAUGGUGCUGACAAACCUAGAAACAUAAUCGGGGCGAACCGGGAUUCGAACCCACAAUCAUAGGUUUCUGGCAUGCCCAAGGGACGCAACUCUGCACAGCGAAUCGCGGCGCCUCAGACGACUGGGCCACCCGUGCCCCCCUGCAGAACAAUGAGCGGUGUGACGUCAAAAUAGUGAUGUGAGGUAUGGAACUAAACCUUGCAAGGUGUAGUUUUCUUUAAGGGUGCACACUUCAUGCUGGCUUACUAAGUCACUGUAAAUACUACACAUUUUCAAAGGUUGCCAUAUGUGCGAGUAUCGCAUAUUGAUGUCAAAUAAAACAAUGUUCGAACACAUUAA